UUAAAGAAUAUUUAAGAAGACAAGCGUGGACAUCAUGUGUAUGGUCCUUGUGGCGUCUCGUUGCCAUGACAACGUAUAUGCAAUACACAACAACUACGUUACCAGACGUAGGAUCAAUUUACAUUAUAUAAUUUUCAUUGUAUAUAGACAAAAUAGCCAUAAACAACGAUUGGAAAAAUUCUAAUGUCGAUGUUCACAGCGUUACUGAAGUGACUAUCAUGUUUCCGAGACGCAGUUGAGGAAUUUGUUGGGUGCAAGAUGGUGGUGCAUGGUAGGCUGGUGCAGGGUGGUCAUUAUAGUAUUAUGUGAGUCAGUAGGAGCAACGUGAUGGUGGGUGAUGGUGUUGAUGCUCACUUGCCUGCCCUCACUACCUCGCUCACACUAAGGGUCACCCAGCAUCAUCAUGACCUGAGAUGACCUCGUAGUCCGCUGGUCUACGUCGCGUGGCUCACAUUUCUACUCCAACCAGUUGGCUUCUGUUUAGUCUACCGUUAAAACAGAGAGGGGUGAGGGAGGGAUGGAUGAUCGUACGGUAGACAAGAUCUUCUCCGGCAGCCUGGAGACACUACCACCCGUCAGCUCCAAGGUGUGUCGUAUCUUCACCUCCUCCACCUUUACAGACAUGUUGAUGGAGCGGAACACCUUGAUGGCGGAGGUGUACCCAAGACUGAAGGAAUUUUGCAGGGAGAAGCACGGUCUUGAGUUCCAGGUGGUGGAUAUGAGGUGGGGUGUGAGGGACGAGGCCACUGAUGACCACAUGACCACUGAGCUCUGCAUGAGGGAGAUCGACAACUGCCAGAGGCUCUCCAUGGGACCCAACUUCGUGUUCUUCGGUGGUCAGAAGUACGGGUACCGCCCCAUCCCCACGGUGAUCCUGGGCUCUGAGUUGCUUAUGCUGCGGGAAGCUCUGGUCACCAUGGGUGUUGAUACCAUCCUCAUCGAUACCUGGUACAAGAAGGAUUCCAACGCUGUGCCUUUCGUUUACAUCCUACAACCCAUCUCUUCUAUCCUCGUCAAUUUCAAUAACAAGAGAGUGCCCAAGCUGCAGGCUCAGGACCAGGCUACAUGGUGGGACACGCUGGCCAAGAUGCAGAAGCUACUGAGGAAGGCAGCACAGGCCUGCUACAACACUCACAAGAUGGACAAGGAAGCUAUGCAUAACUACUUCAUGUCAGUAACUGAGAGGGAGGUGAUCAACGGGAUCCUGAGCGUAAAGAACACCAAGAACCACACUCUUGCCCUCGUCCGUUACAUCAACAACAUCAACUUACAGAACUUGAGGAGAGCGGCGAACUUCAUCGACAUUGUCAAUCGUCAGAUUGAUGGUGAGGCCAUGAAGUUGCUCUCUGACCUGAGGGACGUCAGGCUUCCAGCCAGGAUAGAGUCUACUAAUUACCACAGGUACACGGUGGAGUGGAUCGGUCGGGAGGGCCUGGCAAAGGAGACCCACGGUGAGUACCUGCAGGAGUUCUGCACCCACUUCUACAAGGGCAUGACCAAACUCAUCGACCGAGCCAUGCGCAAGGAAGACUCCUCAGCCCAGGGACAGAUCAUCACAGAAAUUCUGCAGCACUUGCACGCUUGCAAGAACUCCGUAACUAUCUCCUACAACUACAUGCUGCCGUUUGAGGACAUUCCUGACGACCUAGUACCCCUCACAGCCCACUUGAAGGAACUGCUGAACUGCGCUACCCCUCAGAUGCCGCUGCUCAUCUUCCUGGACAGUGUAGACCAAGUGACAGGGGCCACUGAUGCCAACCGCAUGUCUUGGAUCCCCACCAGGCUCCCUCCCAACGUCAAGAUCGUGGUGUCUUGUGUGUCUGAGGAGAACGACCCGGAACUCUCUAAAGACUACACGCUGCUCAGAAGGAUGAUUGACGACGAGAACCAGUUCCUGGAGGUGAGGGCGCUGGGGGAAGACCUCGCCAUGGACAUAAUAAAGAGGUGGAUGAACACAGCUGCCAGGGACCUCAACAACUACCAGUGGCGAGUGGUGAGCAACGCCAUCUCCCGCUGCUCCCUCCCUAUAUUCGUCAAGCUGGUCUUCGCAGAGAUCUGCCGCUGGAAGAGCUACAGCAAGCCCCAGGACACCUACCUCGCUUCUAAUGUCAUGGACUCCAUCAUGAUGCUCUUCUCUAAAGUCGAGGUCAAGCACGGGCGUCUGCUGGUGUCUCACGCCCUCGCCUACAUCACCGCCAGCAAGAACGGCCUCUCCGAGUCUGAGCUGGAGGAUCUUAUCUCCCUCGAUGAUAAGGUACUGGACGACGUGUACCAGUACCACAUGCCCCCGGUACGCCGCAUCCCGCCCCUCCUCUGGACCAGGAUCAGGAAUGACUUGCCAAACUACCUCUCCGACUGCGAGGCUGAUGGCGUCUCCGUCCUCAAUUGGUACCACAGGCAGUUCAACGAGGCGGCGAGGAAGCGUUACUUCACCAACCAGAACUUAGCUAUGUACUUCUACUCUAUGAUAGCUGACUACUUCCUGGGCAUGUGGGGAGGAGGUGUGCCCAAACCCUUUAAGUACACCGAGAUACAGAGGCAUAGAUUCAACUUGAAGAGCAAGGAAGGUCUGGCAGACAGGAAGGUCCCUCCGCAGCCUCUCGUCUUUUACAACAAGGAGGGAAAGGUUACCAGAUACAACCUCAGGAAGUUCGGAGAGCUUCCAUUCCAUCUGGUGCGAGCGAGGAGGUUUGAAGACUUGUACCAGCAUGUACUCUUCAGUUACCAGUGGCUACACGCCAAGCUCUGUUCGUGUCCCCUGCAGGCAGUGCUCUCUGACUUCGAAGAUGCUUCGACCCACAUCGAUGACAGGGACCAGAUCAGGGAAUUGAUGCUGGUGGCUGAUGCCUUGAGGCUGGGAGGCGCCAUCCUCUCACAGUACCCGGAUAUGCUGGCACCGCAGCUCAUAGGUCGUCUUCUGCCGGAGAUGGAGGCCAAUCCACACGUGAAGAGCCUCCUGGAACAGUGUGACGCAGAGGGCAUCGAACACUGUGGUCUUCUUCCUUCCUACCACUGUAGCCACACACCUGGAGGUCCCCUCAAGGUGAUAGUCGUGUUAUCGCUAGAGGGUCACCAUUGUUCUUCGGCUCCACUGCCCACGACUGCGUACAUCUCGCGUCUCUACAAGUUCACACCUGCCCUAUCGACCUCUGACCUGACAGGGAGUGGUGCCAGGAUGAAAGGCAUUAUGCAGACCUGUGCUUCCAGACAACAAGUACUCAUCGCUCACACUGAAUACACCAUGUUUGCAUUUUGUCUUUUUUCCAACUCCACUGUGUACAUUUUCCUCCUUAGAUCAUGGGUGUUGUACACACUGAGAGGAGAAGAGCGAGAACGAGUGUCGUCGCCGGUGGACAAGCCAAUCCUCUUCAUAGACUUCAAGAGUCCCAAGGACUACAGCCUUGUCUGUUGGUCAGGAGACUUCGACAAUAAGGACCUACUUAUCCAUACCGUCGUCGGGGACACCACCUUCCCCAACCUCGACUUUCACAGACGACGUUUCUUGUUCCGUCGCGACGACUCGUGCUGGACGCUAGAGCGGGUCGUAGCUCCCAACGACCACAAGCUGCUGAUGCUACACCUCAGUGACGACCAGAAACAUCUCAUCGGUACCUUCAUGAUGGGCUUCCAGGUGUGGGAGGUGGAGGCAGGCGAGGCGUGGACGUUGAAACUCCCUCAUGGCAUCAGGAACAUCUCCACGCAGCUCCUCAAAUCCAACUCUUGCGUUCUCUCCAAGGGAUACAAGUACGCCGUCGCCGGAGUCAGGAAGAGUCUUUACGUGUGGGAGCUGAAGACAGGACUUCUCAAGGUCCUUGAUGCUCACUUCGGUCGCAUCAUCGACAUGGUCGCACUUGUCGUCGGUUCCUGGAACUCUGUGAUCACUUCAUCGCUGGACAGGACAGUCAAAGUGUGGAACAUCAACAACAUCUUCGAGCAAGUGCACGUCAUUGAUCGUCAUGAGCUGCAAGUCGACGAUAUCAGCUUGGCUGCUGACAAACCCAUAGCUGUAACGGUGACGAGAAACUGUGUGGGCAUCUGGAACCUUCGUCUGGGGAAGCUAGUGAGCAAGCUGGCAGAUUCACCCCUCGGUGCUAUUGUCACCCACGCUGGUAUCACCAGCAACAGCAGGUACAUAGUGUCGACGGAGUCAGGGAACGUGUUGAUCUGGAACGUGCGGGCCGAGGCGGUGGUGUUCAAGGCGGAGCAGAAGAACGUCCAACAACUCUUGCUGCUUGAUGACGACACCAAGUGUGUCACAGUCUCCAAGGUGUCCAUGGAGUCAGGUGAGCUGUGGUGUCACCUGGUGACUCGUUCCAUCCCGUGCGGACAGGUAGUUUACGAGCUCGACUAUCCAGUUCGAUCCUUCCGUCAGAUAGCCGUGACGGCAGACGGUCUCUUCCUUGUCAUCCCUUCCGUCGACGGUCUUAAGGACGUGUUGUUAAUCUACCACGCCCGGACGGGGACACUGGUGCACAAAAUGCCACUCAAGUACCCAGCAUAUAAGGACUUUCACUUGGUAGUGCCCCUACCCAACAAGCCAACCCAGGUGGCGCUCAUCGACCAGGAUAAAGGCAACAUUGUCGACAUACGAACAAAGAAGUUUGUGCGAUCGAUACCCAAAUGGGGAGGCAAGGUUUCCAAGGACGGUCGCUACGGUCUGUUUGCUCCUGCGCGAGGCGGCCUCGAACUGCUGGAGCUCCGACACGGUACCUCCGUCAGGACGCUCAUCCCCAGGGUAGCCGAGGGCGUCUUCUCUGUUAUCUGCCUCUUCACUCGCACCGACGAGUACGUCCUCUAUUACCAUGGUGGCCGCAAGACCAUCAGAGUCUUCAGGGUUGCAGACGGGAAGAUGAUAGCCAACUACCGUGUGCAGGCGGAGCUGACAGCCAUCGCGGCGAGUGAAGAUGGUCGUACCAUCGUACUGGGCACUGUUGAUGGUUGCCUCUCCUCCCUCACUAUCGCCGAUCCUAACCGACCGGGUAUUAAGGAGUACCUCACCAACCUGCCCUCCAGAAACCCUCAGAAGUUCCAGGAGGAGGAGGCCAAGCAGACCAAGAGCUUGAGACGAGCGGUCAACAUGGUGAUGCUUACCAACAGACUACAAGGCACCGGGAGUGAUCGCUCAAAUACCUAGUGUGGUGAAGGUAGCUUGGUCUGGAACCUAUAAGGUGGUGCUAUGUGUGAUGUUAGCGAUGGGAGAGUGAGGAGCGAUGCCUAGUGGCCCAUGUUAGGCAGGUCCUACUCGCGAAUCUUAGACAUAUAUUCCCAGGAAAAGAGUCACGGAUAAAAAAUCACAUGAAAAAAGUCUAACCUGCCUUAUCCUAACCUAACCUAACCUUCCUUUUCCUAACCUAACCUGGCCUACCUCCUAGCCUUAUAUAGUCUUACCUGCUCCUAACCAAACCUUACCUUUCCUCUCCUUACCUAACUUAACACUGUGUUGCACUGUGUUAUACAAAUGUUAUCACAAGAAAUCAGAAGGUAUGUGAGGAGCUAAACAGGAGAUUUAAGGAAGUUUUUACAGUAGAGACAGGAAGGGCUCUGGGAAGACAGCACAGAAGGGAACAUCAAGAGGGAAUAUACCAACAAGUGUUGGAUGACAUACGAACAACCGAGGAGGAGGUGCAGAAGCUGCUAAGUGACCUUGAUACCUCAAAGGCGAUGGGACCGGACAACAUCUCCCCGUGGAUCCUUAGAGAAAGAGCAGAGAUGCUGUGCGUGCCCCUAACCACAAUCUUCAACACAUCCCUUGAAACUGGGCAACUACCUGAGAAAUGGAAGACAGCAAAUAUAGUCCCCAUAUUUAAGAAAGGAAAAAGAAAUGAGGCACUAAAUUACAGGCCUGUGUCUCUGACAUGUAUUGUGUGCAAAGUCAUGGAGAAGAUUAUCAGGAGGAGAGUGGUGGAACACCUGGAACGGAACAAAAUUAUAAAUGAAAACCAGCAUGGGUUCAUGGAAGGCAAAUCCUGUGUCACAAACCUUCUGGAGUUUUAUGACAAGGUAACAGAAGUAAGACACGAGAGAGAGGGGUGGGUUGAUUGCAUUUUCCUUGGCUGCAGGAAGGCCUUUGACACAGUUGCCCACAAGAGAUUAGUGCAGAAGCUGGAGGAUCAGGCGCAUAUAACAGGGAGGGCACUGCAAUGGAUCAGGGAAUAACUGACAGGGAGGCAACAACGAGUCAUGGUACGUGAAGAGGUAUCACAGUGGGCGCCUGUGACGAGCAGGGUCCCACAGGGGUCAGUUCUAGGACCAGUGCUAUUUUUGAUAUAUGCGAACGACAUGAUGGAAGGAAUAGACUCUGAAGUGUCCCUAUUCGCAGAUGAUGUGAAGCUGAUGAGAAGAAUUAAAUCGGAUGAGGAUGAGGCAGGACUGCAAAGAGACCUGGACAGGCUGGACAUGUGGUCCAGAAACUGGCUUCUCGAAUUCAACCCUGCCAAAUGCAAAGUCAUGAAGAUUGGGGAGGGGCAAAGAAGACCGCAGAGUAUAGGCUAGGUGGACAAAGACUACAGACCUCACUCAGGGAGAAAGACCUUGGGGUGACUAUAACACCGAGCACGUCACCGGAGGCACACAUCAACCAAAUAACUGCUGCAGCAUGCGGGCGCCUGGCAAACCUGAGAAUAGUAUUCCGAUACCUUAAUAAGGAAUCGUUCAAGACACUGUACACUGUGUAUGUGUUACAAAAAACGCUAUUCUAAAAGCUUAGAGAUCUCCAGUGAAUACUAGAAAGGACUGCACUUCUAGCAUCCAGCCUGUUACUGGGUUUACGUAACAAGUAGUCAGUAUCCUUGUCCAAUUAUCCAUUAAAAUUCAGUAUGAUUCAUUAGUGCUUCAGGAUUACAACUGGUAGGCUACUAACUAGAGAAAUUAAAAUUUAAUAAAUUUAUUAAGUCUAGAGGUAUAUUAUCAAAUUAAAUUAAAUUAAAUUAAUCACAGUAAUCAAAAUAAUAUCACUUCUUUCGAGUACAAUAUUAUUGUGCUGAAAACACGUCACAUUUAUAAUUCUUAAGUACCGUCUGGUACAUUAACAUUUAAUAAGAUAUUACAAAUAUGUACAAGUAAGUUUGUGUAUGCGUGUAAGUGCUCUAAGUAGUUCACUAUGUCUCACGACUCGACUAGACUUAAACAAGUGACUGACAAAGUCCUCAAAUAAACUAACUUCUUGACCAACUGGCAAUCAGAACAAUCUGCUUGAACAAUAAAAAGAAUGUUAAGCCCAAUAGCAAUAUAACAAGCAACUGCGACACAGAAUCAGGAACAAGGAGAUAAUAUAACGACACUAAGUAGGGACCAUCAGCAGAUCCCCCACAAGUCACCAAACUCCCAUACUACUGAAUCUAGGUUCAGCAUAAGAAAAUCCCCGACUGUGAUAAUACACAGAUAUCAGUACAAGUUAGUAGGUCAGAAGCUACAGCUCAGGACCUGAGUUGUUUCUAGUGUCUAUGAGACACACAACCUCAGUACAACGUCGAAAAUCACUAAGUCUAUACAAUGUUCUGUGAACAGAGUUCUACAGAACUAACAAGAAUAAUGAGACAGACAAUCUGUCCAACCACCAAGAGAGUCUAGACCAGACUGAAUACUUCAGGCGAGGUGAGGACACCCCCCCGUCGAUUACGUGAUAGCUCCGUGGACAGCUGCAGCUCAGAAACAGAAGCCGGCAGUCUAACGAGCAAAGGGCGAUAAUUACAGUAGUUAGACAAUCAAGACUUGAACUGAGCACAUAAUAUGUUACAUCCUACCUAACCAA